GCCAAGCAAACCAUGGAAGUCCUCGUCAAACCCCAGCGUUUCGACCGAUUUAUGUAGUUGGCCUGACCAUUCCUAUCCAAAAAUAAUCUUCGCUUAGAAUAUAGAGGGAUCCGAUUGAAACUGUCUGAGGGAAGAGUGAAAGCAAACCAGAAGCAACGAAGUCGAAGUCGAACGGAAUGGUAUAUAUCAUCUUACAAUGGUUUUCAGGUUUCAUCUCAUUUCAAAUCAACUUUCAGAAGGUCUUGAUCCUUAUUGCCCUUUUAGCAUUCAUCUCAUCGUGGACGUACAAGCUCAAGGUCCUCAACAAGUAUUCAUUCCUGCCCAAGACACCUCAACUUACCAAGACUUUCAAGAACCAAGAUGCAUCCCGUGAUCUCAACCCGAACCUACUCCUAAAUUCAAAGCAACUCUUCAGUAAUCAUGACCAUUUCAACAAUUAUCUCGAUGAAUUUCUCAGUGCCAUCAGAGUCUUUGGAUUCCUAGAAAAACCAGUUUUUCAUGAACUUGCCCGCCAUCUCCAAACUCGCCGAUUAUUAGCAGGUGACACGCUGAGCUUGGACGAGGAUAAAUCAUUUUAUAUUGUUGUCGACGGAUCUGUCCAAGUCUUUGCUCAAACAUCUGAUCGGGCCCGUCCAGGCCAGAACCCCGGUUCACCAGCUGGCGACGCAUAUAAUGAUCGACUGGCGUAUGACAAUGAAGAUGAUAACGGCUUUCAACUAUUGAAUGUUGUUGAAUCCGGUGGAACACUCAGCAGUCUUUUUACAAUCCUCAGCCUGUUGACUGAGGGCGUCAAAUUGAGAUACGAAGAAGAUGAAGGCCAGACCGACCAAGCUUUUUCGCCAGACUUCGUCGAUCACUCCCCGCAGACAUCUCAAGGACAACCUCAUCACAUACCGACUGUUGCUUCAAGUCCAUCAGUUCUACCCCCCUCAGCUUCAGCCGUCGACCCCGAGAACAACCCCGGAGACUGGCACGCCAUCAAUCCCACCGAGUCGGUCCCUCAUGAUGGAAGAAAGUUUCCUGAUUGGAAUAAAGAUACUAAUGAGGAUGGCGGCGAUACAGAUGAUGAUGGGCAGUCGGUGGAGACCAGUCGGAGAAGUACUUAUACUUCAAAAACUACCACUCGCCAAUCACUCGAUCGCGCUGGAUCACGCCAAGCACUUAGGAAGGACGCUUCGCAAACUCAUCCCGCUUCCGGGACUAUCAAUCAAAUGCCAGAUAGAGACUGUGACUAUGGGUUCGCCCGGAGAACUGAUCCCUAUGCAAGCUUUAGCCCAACUCCUCAGCAUCAUGGCCCUUCCUAUGCCACAGAUCCAACCACAAAAAAGCCACGCGAAGCCUAUUCCAGACACAUCCGCGAUCAAAUUUUCGAGAAUGCUCAACCCAAAGAAGCGACUAUCGCUAGAGCAACCAAAGAUACGACUUUAGCUGUCAUACCUUCCGAAGCAUUCAAACGAUUGACUUGGAAGUUUCCUAACGCUGUAGCGCACAUUGUUCAGGUCAUCUUAGCGCGUCUACAGCGAGUCACUUUUUUAACAUCUCAUCGAUAUCUGGGACUCACCAAAGAGCUUCUGCGAACCGAAAAAGCGUUCAAUGAAAUUGCAUGUUAUCCACUACCUCCAUCAUUUUAUGAAGAUGGUGGGAUGAUACGACUGCGACAUCGGUUCAUGCCGAGUAGCAAGCUCACCGAUGAACCUUAUGUUCUGGCUGGAAGUCACAUGAGCUCAGACUACCACAUGAAUUCGGGUCCCCGUUCCUCAAUGAAUGAAUUCUUCAAACAGCCCACGACUAAGACUGAGCCUCAGCAACCAUGGAAUGACCUUUACAUAGACAUUUCCAGAUCUACAUCCCAAAAUGGCCCCUGCAGUCCAGAUUCUAGUGGUGAACAGUAUCCAAGGCGAAGGUCUCGACACCGAUAUAGUAACCUUUCGCACGAUCUAUCUGCUCCAUUCCAGAUGCCCUUUUCCGCGACAAAUCAUCUACACGAAGAUCUUGCGUUGCGGGAGUUAGUGAUGAAGAGCAUCGCCAAAUCGAUCGGCUUGGUCCAACAACCACCGCCCAAAAAUCGCGGGUCUAACAAAGGCUCAGUCAGUCACAUCCAUUCGUCGUCACCGACUCCAUUCUCCAGUGCAUCAAGAGCAGGCUUCUCACCUGAACCCUCGAUUCAGGGUAGCGGUGGUGGUGGUGGUGGUGGUAAACCAGCUCUUCGGCCUGGCUUUCGCUCAGGGCUAGGCUCAUUGUCGUAUCUCAAAACAUUGGGAGAUUCUUCGCAAGAAAGACGAGAUGAAUUUCAGGACACCUCUAGUAGUGUGGCCUCUUCAUCGGCACUGCUGGAUGAGGAAGAAGAGAAAGAAGACUUACCAAACGAAGUUGAGAUCAUGUAUUUCCCUCAAGAUAGUACAUUGGUCAAAGCGGGUGAGCGGAAUGCGGGCUUGUACUUCGUGAUCGAUGGCUUCUUGGAUGUUUUCAUGCCGCCGGAACACGACAAGAUGAGUCCCAGUAACACAUCCGCCGAGAAACCCACCUCGUCAUCGAAGAAAGAUCACCCAUCGAAAGCAAGAAAUGUCUCGGAUGAUAACGAGUUCAGUUAUCUCAGGAAGGACUAUGUGAAGAUGCAAAAGUCCAGAUCUACGAAAUCCACUCGAAAUCCGAGCAAGUCCUCGGCUGCACCGAAGCCCACGAGCCAAAAAUCUCAACAGAAACCUGCGCCGAAAAACGAGCAAACCAAACUGUUUACUAUCAAGCCCGGCGGAAUCGCCGGAUACCUCGCCUCGAUCUCCGGCUUUCCUAGUUACGUUGACAUUCGGGCUAAAACUGAUGUUUAUGUUGGGUUCUUGUCGGCUAAAGCCCUCGAGCGCAUUAUGGAUCGGAGACCGAUCGUAUUGCUGACCCUGGCUAAGAGAUUGAUUAGCUUAUUGUCUCCGUUAGUCCUUCACAUUGAUACGGCGUUGGAAUGGAUGGCAGUUGACGCUGGUCAAAUCAUCUAUCGCGAAGGAGACAACAGCGACAAUUUAUACAUUGUCAUUGGUGGUCGACUACGUUCUAUUUCUGAACAAACGGAUGGUGGAGUGGAAAUCCUAGCCGAGUACGGACAGGGUGAAAGUAUUGGUGAAUUAGAUUGCAUCACCAACACUAGUCGAAAGUCGACCUUGCACGCGAUUCGAGAUAGUGAACUGGUCCGAAUCCCGAUGACUCUGUUCAAUGCGAUUUCGAUCAGACAUCCAGCGAUCACCAUCCAAGUCUCCAGACUGAUUGCCUCUCGAGUCCGUCGAGAAGUUGACGCCAGCAAGUCGAACUCUCUGAAGAGUCGAUCGCACGGGCCCGAUUAUGCUGUGAGUACGAAUCGGACGGGCAUGCCUGCACCAGAUGAGCCUGGAAGAGGUUCGAUCCGUGAAUUGGGGAUGAGCAAUUUCAAUCUCAAGACGGUCGCAAUAAUCCCCAAUACCAAGGAAGUCCCGAUCGUCGAGUUUGCUACCAGACUUAAAGCCGCACUCAGCCAGAUGAACGCAAGCACAAAGAUGUUGGACCAAUCUGCUAUCUUGUCCGUCCUCGGACGGCACGCGUUUAGUCGAUUGGGCAAGUUGAAAUUGACUGGCUGGCUCGCUGAACUGGAGCAAAAGUUCAGAAUCGUGCUAUACGUAGCUGAUACAGCCGUUAAUGCGCCUUGGACCCAAACAUGCAUUAGACAAGCUGAUUAUAUCAUGGUAGUAUGUGAUGGAGGAAGUCAGCCUGAAGUCGGGGAAUAUGAACGACUCUUGAGUAGCAUGAAAAUUACUGCUCGAAAGGAGCUGGUCCUUCUUCAUCCCGAUCGCAACGUGCCUGCUGGAUCUACCCGACCUUGGCUCAAAAACCGGCCAUGGUUGCAUGCCCACCAUCACGUUCAAAUGGCCGGCGCGACGCCUCUGAACAACAAUCAUCUCGACGAACUUCUGCCAUUGACGGCAUUGAGACAACUGAAAAGACGAGUGCAGACGCGCCUAUCGAAGUAUCGAGGCUACCAGAUGCCCAGCGAAUUCCAGAUCAUCAAGCGAGGCUUGGCCAACAACGACUUUGCUAGAUUGGCCCGCCGACUAUGCGGCAAGUCGAUCGCAGUCGUCCUAGGCGGCGGGGGAGCCAGAGGGAUCAGCCACAUCGGGGUCAUCAAGGCCUUGCAAGAAAAUAACAUCCCCAUCGAUAUGAUUGGGGGCACAUCAAUUGGAUCCUUCAUUGGCGGCUUGUACGCUAGAAAUUCUGACUUGAUCUCCACUCUGGGUAGAGCAAAAACCUUCAGCGCUAGGAUUGCUACCUAUUGGAGAUUAUUGACCGAUCUCACUUAUCCUGUGGUCGCGUAUACUACCGGCCACGAGUUUAAUCGGGGUAUUUACAAGUCAUUUUAUGAUUAUCAUAUCGAGGAUUUUUGGCUACCAUUUUGGGCGAACACGACUAACAUUACCUGGUCUCGCAUGGAAGUCCACACCACUGGGUAUGCAUGGAGGUAUAUCAGAGCGUCAAUGUCUUUGGCGGGCCUUUUGCCGCCUCUAUGUGAUGAAGGAGACAUGUUGGUUGAUGGCGGCUACAUCGACAACUUACCAGUCUCGGUGAUGCUCCGGAUGGGCGCAGAUUCAGUGUUUGCGGUAGAUGUCGGCUCGAUCGAUGAUACUUCUCCUCGUAACUUCCCCGAAUCGCUCUCGGGAUGGUGGUUGCUGAUCAGAAGAUUGAACCCAUGGUCUUCGGCAUAUGAUAUCCCGACCAUGACUGACAUUCAAAGUCGUUUGACCUAUGUAUCGAGUGUGAAAACUUUGGAAGAUGCUAAAGCGACUCCCGGCGUACUCUACAUGCGAAUGCCUGUGACCGAGUUCACGACGUUAGGAUUCGGUCGAUUCGAAGAGAUUCUCAAGAAAGGAUACGAGGCGGCCAAGGAGAUGUUAAAAGAACUAGACUCUGAAGGCAAAUUACCGACCGGCUUGGAUGAUGGUACCAAUGGAUCAGAUUCCAUCAUCGGCAUACCUGGUCACAGGCCUUAUCAUAACUCCAAGAAUGGUGGCAAUGGAUCAAUCUCUGAAAACACUAAAAGGCAACGACUUAACGUCAGACGGAAUAGUCUCUAAAGCUCGCUUUCGUUCCUCUAUUCUUCUCUCUCUAUUAACAAUUCAAUAAUAGCCACCAACCAGUACAUACAUACGUAAAAUAGUUUGUGUAUAUGUAAGCUUUCUAGUCCAUCUUCACACACCGCAUUUGUUUUUUCUCUUAUCCUCUUUUAAUGCUCCAAGUACACAAAAAUAGAUGCUUUUGCUCUUCUCAAUCAUCCGCACAUCCUCUCCAUGACAAUUUUUGUUCGCGCUUUCAGCGAUGCAGUAAAAAGAAGCGCCCAAUGGGGGGCUCGAACCCCCGACAUUUCGGUCACGUUUGCAGAGGGGAUACCCCUUGUAAAAGCCGAAUGCUCUACCGACU